AUGGGGUUUGGACUCAGAAAUAUAUCUACACUUCACCAAGUUCCUCUAUGCCUUACGACCAGCCUCUCCUUCUCUCCGCGCCCUUCUCUUUCUCUGAUGAAACCCCUGAAACGCGACUUGUCCUGUGUUAAGGCUACUACUAGCGAUGAUCUUGAGAGUAAUCGUCCUUCGACGCACUUUGCUCCCUCUCUCUGGGGAGAUCACUUCCUCUCUGUUCCCCUGGAUCGAGCUGAUUUUGAUGAGCUAGAAAGACAGAUUGGAGCCAUGAAGCCGCUGGUGAGAGAAAUGCUCAUGUCUUUUCACAGCAGCGAAAAGGAAAAGAUUCGUUUUAUCCAUUUGCUUAUCAGCCUCGGGGUCUCUUAUCAUUUUGAUAAGGAGAUCCAAGAGAUCCUUGACCAGAGUUUCACAAAGCUGCAUGACAUAAUUGUCGGGGAGAAUGAUUUGGAAACCAUCUCCAUUAUGUUUGAGGUCUUUAGACUAUACGGUCAUAAGAUGUCUUGUGAUGCCUUUGAUAGAUUCAGAGGUGAAGAUGGGAGGUUCAAGGAGAGUCUAGUCAGAGAUGUCAGAGGAAUGUUACAGUUGUUUGAAGUAGCCCAUCUCGGGACACCCUCUGAAGAUAUUAUGGACGAAGCCCUAAGUUUUACGCGCAGUCACUUGGAGUCUUUGGCAGGUGGUAAUGCAUCUAAUGUUUCUCCUCAUCUCCUCAAGCAUAUACAGAACACAUUGUACCUACCUCGAUACGGUAACAUGGAAUUACUAGUGGCAAGAGAAUAUAUAUCUUACUACGAACAAGAAGAAGGUCAUGAAGAAAUCUUGCUCAAGUUUGCAAAGCUUAACUUCAACUUUUGCCAGCUUCAUUACAUCCAAGAUCUCAAAACUCUCACCAAAUGGUGGAAGGACUUGGGCCUUGUAUCUAAGCUACCUUACGUUAGGGAUAGAAUUGUGGAGUCACAUCUCGUGUCUAUGGGGCCCUACUUUGAGCCUCACUAUUCUCUUGGGAGAGUCUUAGUGGCUAAAGUUAAUAUGAUCGUGGUUGUAGUAGAUGACACAUAUGAUGCAUAUGCUACUCUUCCUGAAGUUACAGUUCUUACUGAAUGUUUGCUGAGGUGGAGUAUUAGUGCCAGUGAUAAACUACCAGAAUAUUUGCGAAUCGUCCUUGGAGGUUUGUUUGAUGUCAUGGGAGAUAUUGAACGGGAAAUGAAACUGAAAGGAAGAUCCUACGGCGUGAAACAAGUGGUAGAAAGGAUCAAGAUCGUUGUGAAGGCGUACCUAAAGAUAGCAAAGUGGGCACGGUCGGGUCACGUACCAACCUUUGAUGAGUACAUGGAAGUUGGGGUGGUGACAGCCGCGAUGGGAGAUUAUGCAGCUUACAGCUUUCUAGGUAUGGAAGAUAUCAAUGAGAAGGAAGCAUAUGGCUGGCUCAAUUCAAAACCCCUACUCCUCAAACAUCUUAGUAUAAUGUUCCGUCUAGCAAAUGACGUAGGAACCUAUGAGACCGAGAUUAGCAGAGGGGAGGUGGCUAAUGGGCUCAACUGCUACAUGGAACAACAUGGAGUCACCAAGGAAGAAGCAACCCAAGAGUUACGUAAAAUGUAUAGAGAGAACUACAAAGUGGUUAUGGAGGAGUUUAUGAACGAGCAUGCCAAUGUUCCGCGCCAAGUUCUUCUUCGAUGCCUCAACAUUGCGCGUGUCUUCGACGUCUUCUAUAGAGAGGGUGAUGGAUACGGUGAUCCCAAAGGCAAAACCGAACGCUUUAUGACCUCUUUGUACGUCAACCCAAUACCCCUUUCGUAA